GCUUGUCGGGUGCCAUCCAUUGUCUUAGUAAGAUCUUUCUACUGAUGCACAUGCGGCAAACUUACAAGUUUGAUUCCAAAAAACUACCUAGUCUCAAACGUCACUAACUCAAGGUCUAUACAUAAAGGCGCUUGAAAUUUUACGUGGACUUCUUUAUGCUUCAACUCUUAUACAGGACAUUGGCCUAAAGAGGAAACUCAUUUACUCUUACAAGACGACCCUCCACCGAGGUUUUUCCUCUGUCACUGACUCGAGGACACCUGGUAAAUGGUCGGUCGGGACGGGGUCGGUGUCUUGCGUAAGAAACUUAGUACAGGUUUGCUUGCUCGAGCCCGUGUUCAAUUUAUGCAGUCUCCCUUAACCAAAGCAAACUCAGAAAUUGCAGGUGACCCGAUGGCUCUGCUGAUCCCAUGUAACUUCAGCCACGAGGCUGCGGUUGGAGCCUUCGACGCAGCCUUCUUUGAACGGGGCGUUCUCCACGUUCAAAGAUGACUCGAAGAUGUCGAGGUGGUGCCUGCAGGUUCGAGCCAAAUGCCCGUUUGGCGUCCGAUGCGUCGAGCUCUCAGCUUCCAGGCAGCUACGGUUCUUCGUUGCGUCGACUUCGGAAUCUGAAAUUGUCCCAAAGGACUUACCUCUCGAUGGAGAGGUGUUCGGCAAGAUAUUGGACCGGAACCCAGAUAUCAGAACACUGAAAAAGCUGCAUUCGAACAUAUUCAGGGAUCAAGUCCUGCGCGCGGACCCAGUCCUUGGCGUCAAACUGAUGCGAGCUUAUGCUGCUCGUGGCAAACCGGAGACCGCCCGCCAGGUGUUCGAUGAAGUGUGCGAAAGGAAUGUGAUUAUCUACAAUGUCAUGAUCAGGAGCUAUGUGAACAACCGCCAGUAUCGCGAUGCGCUGGUGCUUUUCAAAGACAUGUUGGGCUGUGGAUAUGUUCCCGAUAAUUAUACGUACCCUUGCGUGUUGAAAGCAUGCUCCGGGUCCAGUAAUAAGGUGGCCGGGCUUCAAAUUCAUGCUGCAGCGGUGAGAGUUGGGCAGGACUCAUGUUUGUUUGUCGGGAACGGUUUAGUUGCAAUGUAUGGGAAAUGCGGUUGUCUAGCGGAGGCACGUCAAGUUCUUGAUGAGAUGCCCGGAAGAGAUGUAGUUUCGUGGAACUCCAUGGUUGCCUGUUACGCACAGAAUGGCCAGUUUGACAGUGCCUUGAGGGUUUGUAGGGAAAUGGAAUUAUUAAAGGUAGGGUACAAUUCUGGAACAAUGGCUAGCCUCUUGCCGGCCGUGAGUAAUGCAUCAGCCGAAAGUGUUGAGUAUGUGGAGAAGAUGUUCUUGAAGAUGGAUAAAAGUAACUUGAUCUCUUGGAAUGUGAUGAUUGCUGUCUAUGUGAAUAACUCGAUGCCCGCCAAAGCUGUUGAUCUCUUUUCACAGAUGGAAGCGCAUAAAGUUGAGCCAGAUGUCAUUACUUUUGCUAGUAUUCUGCCAGCUUGUGGAGAUCUCUCUGCUCUGUCAUUGGGAAGGAAAAUUCAUGAAUGUGUGGAGAGGAAGAAGCUUCGACCAAAUUUGUUGUUAGAGAAUGCUUUAAUUGACAUGUAUGCUAAGUGUGGUUGUUUGUCUGAUGCAAGGCAAGUGUUUGACAAAUUAAUUGUUCGAGAUGUCAUUUCAUGGACUUCAAUGAUCUCUGCUUAUGGCAUAAGUGGGCUUGGUCGCGAUGCAGUGGCUCUUUUUUCAAGAAUGCAAAAUUCAGGUCUCGAACCGGAUUCCAUUGCUUUUGUGUCAGUUCUGUCCGCUUGCAGUCACACAGGACUUCUGGACGAGGGGCGUCGUUACUUUAAUCUAAUGAUCGAGGAGCAUGGGAUUGAACCACGUCUAGAACACUUCUCUUGCAUGGCAGAUUUAUUAGGACGUGCUGGGAAAGUAGAUGAGGCAUAUCGUCUCAUACAGAAAAUGCCGAUUGAGCCUAAUGAAAGAGUUUGGGGAGCUCUCUUGGGUGCUUGUCGGGUCUACUCAAACAUGAAAAUUGGGCUUCUGGCUGCUGAUUGUCUCUUUCAAUUGGUUCCAGAGCAGUCAGGUUAUUACGUUCUUUUGUCUAACAUUUAUGCAAAAGCUGGUAGAUGGCAAGAUGUAGCAAAGGUAAGAUCAACCAUGAAGAGUAAAGGAAUUAAGAAAGCACCUGGUGUUAGUAAUUUUGAGCUUAACAACAUAGUCCACACCUUUCUUGCUGGUGACCAAUCUCAUCCGCAGUCCACACGAAUCUACGAAGAAUUAGACAUACUAGUGGGGAAGAUGAGAGGGCUUGGCUACGUUCCUGAGACAGAUUCAACUCUUCAUGAUGUGGAGGAUGAAGAUAAGGAUGGUCAUCUAGCAGUUCAUAGUGAGAAGCUGGCAAUUGUUUUUGCUCUCCUGAAUACUGAGCCAGGGACGCCAAUUAGAAUUACCAAAAAUCUUCGUAUAUGUGGGGAUUGCCAUACUGCAUCCAGGCUAAUAUCAAAAAUUACACAGCGUGAAAUAAUCAUUAGAGAUACCAAUAGAUUUCACAAUUUCGUAGAUGGAGUCUGUUCCUGUGGAGAUUAUUGGUGACAGUCCACAUGAUAUCUCGUGCAUCGUCAUGGAGUAUUGAUUGAGGAGAAAUUUUGGAGGCACAGAAAGAAGAUUACGUCCCGACCAUAUCAAGUGACGAUCCUCUCGAAGGUGUUUAAGGAGAUCCCUCGAAGAUACUGAAGGAAGUCAGUACUUCAUUAGUUCAACAUUAUAAUUCGGUAAGCAAUAGGCUCUGCAAUGUUCGGAAACAGAAGGAAGUGGCAAGCUUACGCUUGACUAGUAUUCCUUGCUGGAGGUCAGAAUCUUUGUGACUAAUGAAACAGUUAUCUCCUGAUUGGAAGACCAAUUGGCCUUCCUCCAAUUUUCGCUUCUCAGAGGCUACCGAGCUAAUGGAGGAUUCUUCCUGCGAGUCAAUGAUGAAAGUAGCACCCUCUCAGGCAGCAAGAGCAAAGAGCAUAGAAGAUGGACAGUCCUGUCCUUUGCAAGCGCGCUUCUAUUUUUGACUUAACUGUUUCGGCGGCGGCUAUUCAGCUAUUUCUACCGCCUUGUAAUGAAGAUAAGUUGCAGGAUUCUGUUUUUAUUUCAUAUCUUGAGACAGAUUCACAGAAAUCAUAUGAAACAAAUGUCCAUUCAAGUGAGCAA